AUGGCGAAACUCAAGGCACAUGAAGAACUCUCCACUAAUGCGAAUACUAUCAAAGCUCGCAACUGCGUCUCCAACCUUACUGAAGAUGAGAAGGCUGUUCACUUAGCACUCAAGGCUGACCAUGCUGAUCUGAGCUACUACUUAAAGAAGUUAUAUAAGUCUGCAAAGUACAAGACACGUCUACAGAAUGAAUUGAAGGUUGAGCGUAUUUGUGUUCGGACUGAGAAGGGUACCCAUGCAUCUUGCAUUGCGAAUCAGAAAGUCAAGAAUAUUAGCGCCUCUUCUUCUCCACAAGCCCCACCAUCUACUCCGCCCAAACAACUUCUGUCUGAGCUUGCUGCAUUUGAGGCGCGAGAUAUUUUAAAUGACGAGGCUGUUCUACCAGAUGAGCUUUCCGAUGAAGAGAUCACUAGCACCCAGGCUCUCUUAACUCAAGCGCACAUUGAUGCCCAUGAAGAGUCCAAUUUCCGCAAGUGGCAACAUUUCUGGGAUAGCUGUAUCCACUCAUAUACGAGAAAGGCUGGAAAGCUGAGAAAGAAGCCUGAGCGUCUCUUUGAGUAUAUGCCGUGGAUUGAUGUAGAGGAAGGCUUCAAAGAGGCGUUCUUACUUGUCUACUCUAAGAAGUUUGAUGAGGAAAAGUGGGCUAAGGUAUCAGCUGCACAGGAUAUGUUGUUCCUGGAGCUAGAGUAG